AUGAACACAAAUCUUUCAUUUGGAUCAUAUAUUCUUAUUGAAAAUUAUACAUUUCUUGGAAACACAGGACCAGGAAAAGAAUUUUUUCAAGAAUCUUCUGGUUCAAUUACAGUUAAAGAUCCUUUCUGUGACAGAAUAAUAAAUAAAACAGGAUCAGUUACACUAAAUAAUGUUGAAAAUAUAUAUUCUAUUCAUCACCUUUCUCACUUUUCAACAUAUCUAUAUGAAACAGAGUUUCCUAUUUUAGAUGUAAAGAAGAAUAUUAUCACAUAUGAUGAAAUUGUUUAUCAUUAUUCAUAUCGUCUCAUGACUUCUCUUUGUGUUUAUUUACUAAACUCAUAA